UCGAGUUGAAGCUGAGGCCGCAGGCGUAGCAGAAAACUCCACACUCAGCCUCGCGGCCCUAGUUCAAUCCGGCGUAAGGGGUUGUUGAUGUUGGCUGUAGUCGUUCGAGAAGCGCUGCCAGUAGGCUAUGUAGCUCCAGAAGCAGGGAGGGAGGGACAUGGGGAUCAUGAUGUUCGGGUAUAUAUUUAAGCUUCUUCAUGAUCGCUUUGGAGAUCUUCUGUCCGUGCUCACUAUCAACAACUCAAACAUUCUACGAUAUUAAAACAACUUUCAUCCCAUCUUCUACGAAGAACAAUCUUGAUCUAUCACACUCGAUCUAUCUACCUACUUUAGUUCUCUCUAAAUACCAGACAAAAUGGUUCGAUUCACCAUCCUCGCUACCCUGGCCAUCGCCCUCCCCGCCCUAGCCGUCCCGGUAACCCUCGACCCAGCAGGCGACAAGAACGUCGGAAACGGGCAAGGCAUCCAGUUCAUCGGCGGGCAGUGCCUGAGCUCUGCGGACUGCGCAUCCACCUGCUGCGCCGUUGUGACGGGCGAGAGCUUCGGCGUGUGCUCGGGUCUCGGCGCCCAGUUCCAGGCCGGCAAGGCCGGAUGCGGGUUCGGUGAUGGCGCGGCGGCGAACACCACCGCGUCGUCUUCGUCGUCGAACUAAGCUUGCCAACCUUGAAAGCUGGGGUAGCCGCAUAGAUGAUGAUGAUGGAUGCUAUCGGGCUUAGGCGUGGCAUGGCAUAACGACCGACUACCCACCGACUUAAUGGCUAUCGACUACAACGUCUCCGAUGUGAACGCCAUAGGGGCGUAGGCCACGAUCAUCAUGUUACACUAAGGAUGCACUGAAUGCGGCGCGAUGGGUAUCAUAAAGAACCCAGCUGGUUUUUAGAAGGGUGUUAAUCAUUUUGCAUAAAAAGGGGAGAAGAGCAUGGGGAAAUGGACACUGGAUUGUCUAUCUGUUUUGUACUAUCAUUGUUUGUAUUAAUGAG